AUGCUCUCAUUAAACACGACUGUUCCUCUUGCGUUUGACUUUCUUCAUACAGAAGACUACUUCAUUUUUCUGUUCCAUAUUCUCUUCGCUACUAGUUCGGUCUUUCUCGCUGGCUCAGUGGUAAUUGGAAUAUUGAGAACGAAGUGUCUUAGAAUUCAAAACAGAUUCAUUUUCAUGCUCAAUACCAGCAUUAGCGACACGCUCACCGGCUUCUCUGUGUAUUAUCUUGGUCUUUUUGAUGUGCAGGAGGGAUACCCAUCAAGGAAUGGUACAUUUUACAUUCUGCCUUCUUUUCUUGGAGUAAACGUCCUUACUUUUCUGUUUGCACAGAUUGACCGCUACUUGGCUGUUUGCCAUCCUUUCUUUUAUAGUCGCUACAUCAUGCGACCGGUUGUCAUUGGAGUUUGUGCAUAUUGUUGGGUUCACACGUAUCUUAUACUCCUGGUGCAAGCCAUCGUCCCCGUUUCAAAAGCUGCACAAAUAAACGCGUUUUGCGUUGUAGCUUUACAGGUAAUUGUGAUCACUAAAGUAAUCAUGACUAUAAAGCUAUAUGUGGUGGCAAGAUACCAACUUGCACGGGAUCCACCAAGUGCCGAAAAUGAAAACAAGAAAGAAUCGUUGAGAAUCAUAAUAUUUGUCGUCGUAUGUUUCUUAAUACUGUGGUGUCCCUCCUUCAUUAAUAUUGUUGUGAAGUAUCUGACUUUUCACGGCAUAAGAUUCAGGAACGAAGCUACUAACCUUUUUGCCAUCAUGGCACGAUUUAACGCACUUAGCACGCCUGCGCUGUAUGUCUGGGGGAGCCCAGCGCUGCGUGAGUCUGUAAAGAAAAUCGGGUGGGGAAGAAUGUGUCCAAACAGGAAAAUAAGGUAG